AUGUCCAGCCGCCGUUCUUUACUCGGAUCGGCAUUGGACGCUCUUCCAGCUCCCACAGACCCGCUUCGAGAGUUGUUCGAAGCUUGUAAAACGGGAGACGCAGCUCGAGUGAAGAAGCUCAUAACACCCCAAACAGUUAAUGCUAGAGACACAGCUGGGCGUAAAUCUACACCUCUGCACUUCGCUGCAGGCUAUGGGCGUAGAGAAGUAGUGGAGCUGCUGAUAGCUGGUGGCGCAGCUUUACAAGCUCGCGAUGAGGGUGGCCUACAGCCCUUGCACAAUGCAUGUUCGUUCGGACACGCGGAUGUAGUGAGAGCCCUCUUGACAGCAGGGGCACCACCAGCGGCCCGCGAUAACUGGGGCUAUACACCACUCCACGAGGCUGCUGCCAAAGGGAAAGUUGACGUGUGUAUAGCUCUACUUCAGCAUGGAGCGGACCCAAAUAUACGGAACACGGAAGGAAAGACUCCUCUGGAUCUCGCUGAUGCUGCCACAAGACCUGUACUUACGGGUGAAUACUGCGCGGCGGAUGUACUGGAAGCUGCGAGAGCGGGCGCGGAUGACAGGCUGGCAGCCUUGCUGACGCCCCUCAACGUGAACGUUCACGCGGGAGAUGGACGAAGGUCAACGCCUCUCCAUCUGGCGGCCGGGUACAACCGAGCGAGGGCGGUGAGGCUGUUGCUGCAGCGUGGUGCCGAUGUACACGCCAAGGACAAGGGAGGUCUGGUACCACUUCACAAUGCGUGUUCCUACGGCCACUACGAGGUUACAGAACUUCUGGUACGAGCUGGUGCAGACGUUAACGCAACCGACCUUUGGGCCUUCACACCCUUACAUGAAGCCGCCAGCAAGGCUAGGCUCGAGGUCUGUUCCUUACUACUUAGUGAGGGAGCGGACCCGACUCUACUGAACUGCCACGGGAAGUCAGCUCUUGAUGUGGCACCAACACGAGAGCUGCAAGAGAGACUGGCCUUCGAGUAUCGAGGCCACUGUCUGCUAGAAGCGUGCCGCCUUGCAGAACCGGCUAGAGUAAAAAAGCAGUUGUCCGUGGCAAAUCAACAGCAGAUGCAGUGUGGUCAGGUGGGGGGCGGGCCAGGCGCGAGUGCGGAGUGCGUGGAGGCGCUGGCGAACUUCGCGCAGGCGGCCAGCGGCGACCGCCCGUUGCACUGCGCCGCCGCCAGCCUCUACCCCAAGCGCAAGCAGGUGAUGGAAAUACUGAUAAGGAAAGGCGCGAGAGUGAAUGAGAAGAACAAAGAAGGGCAGACCCCCCUCCACGUGGCGACGGAGCAUGCGCACCUGGACGCCAUGGACUUGUUAUUGCGACAUGGUGCGAAGGUGAACGCGUGUGACGCCCGCGGCGAGAGUGCGUUGUGCGUGGCGGCGCGCAGGGAUUCCGCGGCGGCGUGUCGCCUACUGCUGGCUUGUGGGGCGGACGCACGUACGGACCGACCCGAACCGGACCGACCUGAUCCGGACCGGCCCGAUCCGGACAGAACGGACCACACGGAGCGCACCGAGCACACGGAUAUCGCGCACGCCGACGCUAAUGUGGCCGUGGAAGGAAAAGGGUAA